CUCCAGUAUUCCCUUUGCCUUGAAUAUCUCUACUCUUUUUUAUAAUGGCGAUAAACCAGCCCUCGGCGCUCAUGACUCUCCCCCUGCCUAUCAUCGAGCAGAUAGCCAUUCACACAUCUGGCAGGAUUCUAGAUGGAAUGCAAGUCGGCGAUAUAUGCGACCCCCUGAAGUUCCUUUACAGCCACAGCCGCGAGUGGUACCAGGUUCUUCGCAUGCUGUGUAGCCGCUGGGCCACUCUCCUGUUUACUGACCUUGACGUGGAAGACCAGCCGCUAGCCAUCGGCGCGAAUCUACAGGAGCUGGUUGAUCUAAAGCAGCAUGGGUACGUAAGACGGGUGCGGCUGAGGUUCAACUUGUAUCAGCUGUGCCUGGACGAAACGGUUAUCGUAAAGCUGCGCAAGUUCUUCAGUACAGCCGGUAGAAUGUAUAACGUCUGCGAGCUCGAAGUGUGGCCGUGGUGGCGACAGGUGCUAGCCAACAACAGCCCGCACAGCGAGGGUCUGCUGCCGGCAGAGUUUGACGAUGCUAUCCGAGGCAAAAACAUAUCCGACCUGAUGUGCCUUGUGCGCGAAUACAUGCCGCGGGUGUCGAAAAUGAUGAUGUACGGACUGGAGACGAAGUGGGCCAGCGUGCCCAGCUUGAAGCUCAGUGUGGAUGCAAUUGCGCAGCUGUCAAAGAUCGUGCAAUCGCCGCUCAAGCUCAGCACAUAUAAAUACAGUAUCAGCCGGCAGAUUCUGGCGCAGACACAGUCAUGUCUUAGGCAUGUUAAGAUCACAAAGCACACCAAGGGUCAGUGCCACGUUGACCUGAUCCGCAACAACGCCCAGACGCUGGAAAGCAUCUAUAUCGAGAAGGUAACGUUCCACGCCAUGGAGAAGAUUACAUUGUGCCCAGGUUCAUCGAACCAGACGCUUGUUUACCCACAGCUGAAGAGUCUGCGCAUUAUCGCCAGCUCGGGCAAACGCAGCGACAAGAUACGCAAGUUUUUAAUUAGCCCAUUCCCAGAGCUUGAGGAGUUCGAGGUGAAAGGGCAGUUCCCGUUCACCAGUGCACUGUUUCUGAAGGAGAGCCGCAAGAGCCUUCGUGUGCUGAGGCUGGAGGUCGACGAGCCCUUGAUGAUAAUGCUAGAUGAUCUGGGAACCGCCGAGCCGAAUUUUUUCCCAAACCUGGAAUGUAUCUCCAUGAGGCUCCCACUCCGUCAUCGGUACUUGAUGAGAUAUCUACGUGGGCCGCUGUUCACCAAGACAAUGACGAUAAGCAAAAGCCUGAAGGUGGCAAAACUGCAUGAUGUAAUGUGGGUUAAUCCUGAUGUCUUGCUGGCGCCCAAAUGCAUUUGCACAUCCUUGCAGGUUCUGGACAUGACCCACACGUCUAUCAUGUUUAGCCAUGCAGUUCAACUUCUUGGCUCACUGCCUAAUGUGACGCGGGCAGGACUGUCACUAUACAACGACGAAACACACGAGUCAAUGAAGCUGCUGCCGGAAGAGUACAUCGACGAGUGCCGCAAGACUUUGCAGGUGAGCAACAGCAGGCUCCGGAGUUUGGGCAUCUUUGCUAUGAAAUUUCCGACGGUUCUCAAGGGCGGCGAGUACUUACUGCUGAUGGCAGAGCUAAUCCCAAGUCUGCAGCGUGUCUCCUUGCAUCCAGAGAGCAAGAAGGAAAAGAACUACCGGACUAUCUCUCAUCUCCCAAAGCGGCUGAAGCGAAAGAUAUUCCAGGACUCGCGAGCUCAUAAUGUCGAAUAUUUGAUUUCCAGUGAGUGGUAAAUUAUACCCUUUUAGAUACAUAUAUUAGAAUUCAUUCAAACUAAACCUC